AUGAAACAUAACAAGGAAUAAUUAAUCAACAAGGAAAAUCUGAAAAUAAUUAGAUAAUCUGAACUGAUUCAAAAUACAGUGGUGUGGACCAAUAAAAAUUUGUUCCUUCGUUAUUGCCAAUCUUAGAAUUAUUAUUACACUAGAGAUGUAAAUGAAAUUCUUGCCGAUACUUCAUCAAAAGCUGUAAUCAGAUACAAGGAUUGGUAUGGAUAUGAUGACGAUGUAAUGUUUUCAAUAAUUCUAAGGAUGAGUACCUAAAAAGGUUUUAUUUUACUGAUGAAUAUCCGCAGAAGGUCCAGUUAUUAACUGAAUACUAUAAAGUAAAAUUAACCAUAUAACAGAGUUUCAUACAGAUAUUGCCAGAUUAUUUAUGGAACCAAUUGCGACCUUGCUAAACAAAUACUACGAUAAGAAGCGCAAAUAUGAGUACUAUAGGAUUGCUCAUUUGAUUGAAGAAGAGAAUAAGAAAAAUCCCAAUCGCCCUCCAAAAGGUAUUGUUGGUGAACGACCCUCCCCUGCUAAUUCUCAGGAAACCCAAAAAGAGGAGGAAACACCUACAGCAGCAAGGAGAAUCAGAAAUAUUCAAAUUUUGAAAGACCUGAGUUGGUUAAAUAAAUCAAGAUUAUUAAACAAAUAGAAAAUUGAUAUUUCAUGCACAUUACAAGAAAUUUGCAAGCAUCUGGGUAAUUAGGCUUUUGAACAAUCCUCACUUUUUAUCCAGGCAGGUAAAACAGAAGAAUUGCAAUUGAAUAAAUUUCUAACCUAUAUGAAUCAGUAGGUGAAGAAAACCUAGAUCAAAGGAGAUUCUCAACACCUAAAGCCUAAAAAAAGGUUGACUCAACCUCAUGAAUUGUUAAUUUAAACUUUGAUUUAAAAACAAUAAGAAGAAUCUAAAUCUAGGUUUGGUUCUCAGCAUUCUAAACAAAACACUGAAUUAUUGCUACAGAUGAAUAAAUUAUCGAAAGAUGUUAAUGUGAAUUUUGUGAAAAAUCAAGUUGAUUCCAUAUUCAAAAGCAAAUAAAGUAAUGAGAAUCCUCAAAGUCUAACAAGAGUUGAUCAGAAUGAACAAAUUAAAUAAUCUGCCAAUCCAAAAUCUAAAACUAUUAUCUAGCAUUAACCCAAGAUCUCUACUCAACUUUUUCUGAAAGACUUGAAGAAAAAUGUGCAAUCUAUUCCUUAAUUACUCAAUAAAUAUAAUCAAAAUAACAUACCAUCUCCUGCAACCAAUCCUCAUAAUAAGGUCUCCACAUCCAAUCAAACCAAUAUAGGUAAUUAUUCUCUAUCAUCUUUGUAGGCAAAUUAAAUCUAAAAUAAGUAUCUAAAAUAUUGAUUGAUGAAGACCCUACAGAAUAAGAAAUCAAAUGGAAAAAUGGAUCCUAAACCCAUCGACCUCAAUCAGGGACUCAAAACUUCUUUUCAAACAGAAACAGUCCCACUAUUUCCAGGGGAGCACAAAAUGAUCUAAAAAUAAACAAAAUCAAGUAGACCCCAACCGCAUCAUAAUAAGCAAAUUCAAAAACAACUAAAUAAUCAGGAUCUCAAACGAAUCGAAAAUCUUCUCAACCUAAUAUUCAUAUUCGUUAUACAUCCAAUCAAGACAAAGUCAUUAAUAUCAACAUCAAUAUUAAUGAUCAUCCAGAGCUGUAGAAAUGUAAUUAUAAAAAUAUCCUUUAGAAUAAUAGUAAAAGCAUAAGAAAAAUUAAUCGGAAGGUAAACCUCUUUAGUUGAAUACGAAUUUACCUGAUACUUAAUAAGAAUACGUUUGUUUAACUGACAGAGGAGGAGCUAGCGAAUUUCUAUUCAAAAAUAGCAUUGCUGCUUCUUGUCAAAAUUCGCCAAAGACUCAAAAAUUAAAACGAGUUAGUAGCGGAACAACAACUUUGAAGUGCUCAAUGAGUACAAAAAACUCCUUAAUACAAUAAAUGAUAUCUUAAGUAACCAAGCAAUAGUAAAAAUAAGAAGUUCUUCCAUCUUAGUUUAGAAAACCUAUUUGA